UUUUCCCUUUUCCUUCCUCUAUUCUUAUCCCUUCCCCUGUUCUCCUUCCACCGCCAUUUCUUGAUAAGCUUCCUGAUGUUCUGGCGAGAGUUGCCCAUGCAAAUUUAUAAUUGUUGUCAUUUGGAUUAAGCCAGAUCUUUCAUUUGCCGAAAUCAAGGACAUUGGAGGCGAGCCUCGUCUGGAGCUUUGGAGACACCAUGGUUGUCCUUUGCUUCCUCUCUCUCCAUCUCUUCUACCGCAGCUAAGAAUCGCGCUUCACUACCAUUCCAAUUUCUGUUUAUUUUACACUUCGUUUUCCCUUCCCCUACUUUGAUUUGGACUAUCGAAGUUGACUGGUUCUCGACCAAAACUACGACAGAGAUUCCCAAAGAGGUUGAAGCCCAUAGGGCCAUAGUCCCUGACUCAUCGCUUCCUAAUUGCUUCUCAGCUUUUCUUUUUCUGCUCCAAGAUUCAAUUCACGUUCGCCAAAUAAUAAAGCGUGUUCUCCUAGAAAUUAAUUCGCGAACUCCCCACGAAUUUCACAGAAAGCGCGUUUUGGCGUUUAAGGGUGGGAUCGUGGAGAUGGGGAAGGCAAAUUGGGUGACCUAAGGGCUAAGUCCCAACCCCGCUGGCAGCUCCCUGCUUUGCUUACAUACGCAACAAACCUCUCCCUUAGUCCCUUUUCUUCCUUCAUUCCUUCUACAUAACAUUAAUUUGCACGCCGCGGAGAAGGAGAAAGGGAAGGAGUGGUGCGCAGGCAGCUUCACUCAAACUACUUCUUCUUCACUUGGACGGCUGCGAUACUUUCCUUCCUCCCCAAUUCCUGAUAUCCCCUUUUUCCCAAUAACAAGUCAAAAGGGGAAAUCAUAUUCUGUUAUAUCCAUGCACCGCUGAUACAAGCAAAGGGUUCCCGAGAUAUAUUCAUAGAGACACCCAGAGGGCGACUCAUUUUGUUGGGCUCCUUUCAAUUCUUGUGUUUUCCAUUUUGCUCUUUCGUCAGGUGAAUUUGGGGAUGAAGGGCGAGGAGCAAUCGAGGUCCCUGUUUGGGAUUUCCCUAUCGGACAAACCGAAAUGGAAGCAGUUCCUUAUUUGUUCUUCUGGGUUCUUCUUCGGUUACCUUGUUAAUGGCGUUUGUGAGGAAUAUGUGUACAAUCGACUGCAGUUCAGCUAUGGUUGGUACUUCACGUUUGUCCAAGGAUUUGUGUACUUGGCCCUCAUAUACUUGCAGGGUUUCACCCCAAAGCAAAUGGUGAACCCGUGGAAGACUUAUGUCAAACUCUCUGCUGUUCUUAUGGGUUCACAUGGAUUGACCAAAGGCUCCCUGGCUUUCCUCAACUACCCUGCACAGAUCAUGUUCAAAUCUACCAAGGUUCUUCCAGUCAUGGUAAUGGGUGCUUUCAUUCCUGGAUUGAGAAGGAAAUACCCGCUUCAUGAAUAUGUCUCUGCUUUCCUUCUAGUUAUUGGUCUCAUCCUUUUCACUCUAGCCGAUGCUCAUACUUCUCCAAAUUUUAGCGUUAUUGGCGUUGUAAUGAUUUGUGGUGCUCUAGUUUUGGAUUCCCUUAUGGGUAAUCUGCAGGAAGCGAUUUUUACCAUGAACCCAGACACUACUCAGAUUGAGGUGCUAUUCUGCUCAACUGUCGUUGGACUUCCUUUCCUUCUUCCACCAAUGAUCCUUACCGGAGAGCUAUUCAUUGCCUGGAAAUCUUGUGCUCAACAUCCCUAUGUGUACGGCGUGUUGAUCUUCGAGGCUUUGGCUACAUUUGUCGGUCAAGUUUCGGUUCUGUCUCUUGUUGCUAUCUUCGGAGCCGCAACUACUGCCAUGAUAACAACUGCUAGGAAGGCAGUCACUUUGUUGCUAUCGUACUUGAUAUUCACAAAGCCAUUGACCGAGCAGCAUGGCUCUGGAUUGCUACUGAUCGCCAUGGGAAUCAUGUUGAAGAUGAUGCCAGAUCCCAAACUUCCUCCAAAGAUGAUUACACGCAAGCAAUUGGAGUUCCGUGAGGAAACCAAUUCGGGUGUAGGAAAAGGUGACGAACAAGAAGAUGAUGAAGAGAAAAGACCCCUAGUCUGAAGGGUAGAAACAUAACUUUGUCUUUGAACAAUCCAUCGAUUCUUUUCACUUGAUUAUUUUGGUUCAUUUUGGGAUUUCAUGCCGACUUGGAAACUGGAAACAAUAAACGGUAUCAAAGGAGUAGAUAGAUUGAUGUUUUGCUAGAUCCUUUGUGUGUAUUCCGUUCUUUUAGUUUGUGAAGAUGUCAGAAGAGAUAUUUAGUAUUUAAUGAAUGCAAAUUGCAAUCCAAGAACUCCACUCCUUUUCUUACGAGU